AUGGCCUACUAUGAAAGAACUUUUCUACAGAACGCCACCUACCCCAGUAAAUACUGCCCUCGGAGGAACGGUAUAUUCUCAGACCCGGACCCGGCAGUGUGUACCCGCUUCUAUACCUGCAUCAAGGGUCUACACACUGUCACUGACUGUACCUCCGGUCUACACUUCGACGAGCAGACUGGUAUUUGUAACUGGCCAGAGCAAGUGGCCAGGUCUGGCUGCGAGGAGGACAAGAUGGCCGCCUGUACGAACAACGGGGCCUUCUGCUGUACAGGAGAGAGAGUCAUCAAUGCUGCUGGAGUUGAACUGCCACAUCCAACCUACAUCAACCCAGACGACUGUCAGAAGUUCUACGUCUGUCUAAAUGGACAGACCCCACAGGAGUCGUCUUGUAGCCUUGGACAGGUCUACAAUGAACUCACCACCAUGUGUGACUUCCCUGAGAACGUCCCUGAAUGGUAAGACCCUUAGGGCUCUCUUGUGGUCUUG